GUGGACAGGAUGGGGAAGAUACAAGAGCUAGAAAACACGAAUUAAAUGUUAUGAGUAAAAGUUUAAACUACUUUUAAAGUUAUUCAUGUUAUGUUUGGAGUUUACGACAUGUGUUAGUUUCUUAAAGAGAAGCAGUAACUUUGGCAGUACGUGUUUUUCACUGCGAUAAGAACAACAGCCAGUUUCGGAGGAUGUCAACCCCCAGCAACUCGCUUCAGCAGCCGAGGGUGAGGUGCAGCAAUGCGGGUUCUCCUGGCUCGUUCAACAACAGCAGCUGCCGUUUGCACCCCAUCCGUGCCACCGUGCCCUACCAGCUUCUGCGUGGGGGCCAGAGUAGCCCGACACGGGCGCAGACCCUGUAUGGCGGAGCCACGAACAGCCGGGGUUCAAGCCCUCCCUCCAGUCCGACACUCAGUUCAGGAAGUGCAAAUGCUAAGCAAAGACUGUCUCCCGAAAAUAAGGAGGUGUCCUGCCCCCCAGACUCUCCAGUUUAUCGAGGAGACAGGUCCAAAUUACAAGUGCGGAGUUCUAGUGCGAUUCGAAGGGCGUCUUCACUGGACGCCAUCACAGGACCAUACCUCACCGGCCAGUGGCCUCGGGACUCCCAUGGACCCUACCCUUCCUGUAUGAAAGACAAAGCUACACAGACUCCAGGUCUCUGGAUUGAUGAAGGAGCAGAACUGGGAAGUCCUUACCAGCGGUCUGCCUCGUGGGGUAGUGCAGACCAUCUCAAAGAGCAGAUUGCUAAACUGAGACUGCAGCUGCAGCGCAGCAAACAGGCCACCCGGCAGAGCAAAGACAGGGAGCAGAGCUCCCUGCAGCUGCCACAGCCGGCGCAGCAUGGUGCUGCAUGCCAACCACAGUACAAGGGAGCUACUUCAGCUUUGACUACGGCUCCGUUGACAAAGUCCUUCAUAUGCAGAGUACCAAGCAGCGUAGAGGGCAUCAACCACGAGCUGGAAAAUGUUUUUAUCAGAGAAGACUGGGAGCAGGGAAUGAAGGCCAUGGAGGUGGUAGAUGGCCGCCGUCCCCCCUUCCCUUCGCAUCGCUACAGCAACAGUGGGGACACGCGUGACACAGACACACAGGCCCCUUCAAGUGGUGAAUCUAGCCCGUCGCCCCGCCCCUGCAGCUCUGACCACCUCCACUCCCCUGAUGGAAGCCCGUUCUCUGCAGAGGAAAUUGAUAAAGACAAUGUGUGCAGUUCUCCUCUCCCCAAGUACGCCACAUCUCCCAAACCUAACAACAGCUAUGUGUUCAAACGGGAACCUCCAGAGGGAUGUGAGAGGGUCAAAGUGUUUGAUGAGCUGGUGUCUGGCAAAUCAAAAGGCUUCCCUCUGUUCUCCUGCCCUGACAAAAACAAGGUGAACUUCAUUCCCAGAGGCUCAGCCUUCUGCCCUGUCAAACUCUUCUGCUCCUCUCUGUUCUCCCCCAUUUCUUCCUGCUCCUCCAUCAACCCUAGUCUUCAUAGCAACAGCAGCGUGGGAGCUCAGGUGACCCCGACUCUGUCCACAUCACCGCUAGCCACCUCUUCGGCCUCCCCAGACUGGAGCAGCGACUCAAGCAGUGGCGUAAAGUCAAACAGCACAGACAGCCAGAGCCCUGAUGCAGAUGUGGGGAGAGAAGGCUCAGCACAAGUACUCCUCACCAGCUAGUCCUCAGGUAUUCAUUAACCAAGCCACCUACAAUUAAAACAUUGCAAAUAUUUAGGUGGUAGGGCUUUAGGAUAAAAAGAAAAAGAAAAAAAAUAUUGCACUCCGAUAAUCCUAACGUUAGCCAGCAGGGAGUGCCCAAGGUCCAGAACUGACAAGUGCCUAUGAGGAAAAUGGUACCAGCAUCCUAGCGCAGGAGAAUUUCUGCUUGAUCCCAGUGUUAGUCCCUCUGUUGGUGAUGUUUUGUGAGUAAUACUUGAUAUUUUGGGCAUUGUUACUGACCUUGGACACAGCUUCUCUCCCCACCACUAACCUAGCCUUCUCCCCUGUACCAUGACAGCAGAAAUAGCUAUGCUUAUUUUCACAAUAAAUAGAACUGACUGCCUGAAUAACUGUGCUAAUUAGUGUUGGCAGUUUUAUUAAAAUGAAAUUUAAAAGAAAAGUCUGAGACUUUCACAAUGGACAGCUAUACACGUCAGCAAAAAAAGUAAUCUAGCUAGCUCCUUAGCUGUUAAGUGUACAGCAUGCUAAAAGAAAAGACCAUGUAAGAUACUGGGAUAUCUUACAGCCAGAAUACUUUGCCCCACUUUAUUUUUUUUUUUCUUUUUUAAAUUUGUAUGAAUGUAUAUGUAGCACAUUAUCUAUGAGAACCCAGCAGGCUCCACCCAGUAGGCUUACAAGACAAGACUUAGCUCUGCAUGCCUAGUUUGAUAACUAAUAUAUCUGGUAAGCUAAACAUGCUGUUCAUUCAGUGUUCAAGUGACCAAUAAAAGCACAUAGCUCCCUUAUUUCCAGGUUAAAUUACCCCACACCUCACCAGUUACUCAGGUCAUUUGGAAUGUACUUUCUUGAACUAUGAUGCCUUUUCCCUAUGACUAUAAUGCCUGUUCAUGACCUUCAUCUACGGAGACUUGUUCUAGUUUUUUUUUUUUUUCCCUCCCCUGGAGAGAGAAGUUAUUCCAGACUUAAUCAAUUGAUGUCAUGGAUUUUGAUGGAUAUCUCUUUGGAUAACCAGUUCAGGUUAGAGUUCCAGGUGCUUUGACACAUUCCAGAGCUCGUUGUUGCAUUAGUUAACAAUGGAUGCUCGAGUCAAUAAAAUUAGCUACAUAAGCUUCACACAAAUCAGGAAGUUGGCAGGUAUCUGUGUCAUCCUUUUGUUCAAUAUGUACCAAAGCAAAUUAGAAAAUGACAGAAGGGCUGCUGUGUAUUUGGAACAACAAAGGCAGAAGUAGAUGUGUGUUUUAUUUUUUUUUGCUUUUAAACAAAUCUGCAGCACAUAAACACUCAUUCAUAGGCCCAAGCACUUACUUGGAAUAGAAAAGAUAAUCACUAGUUUUUUAGAUCAGAAUAUUAGUUGAAACAAUCACAAGAAUGUGCAAUUAAUUUGUGUGCUAAGUGUAACGACACACAACAAAAAGAAAAAUGGAAUAACAUAGUUUGGGUCUAUACACAGAUUUAACACAUGAAACCUGAGAGGUGUAGUUUGGAGUGAGAUGAACCACUUGGCGAGGUAGGUUGACCCAAAAGUGUCAUGACUUUUCCGUGACAUAAAGGCUUUUAACCCCUUAAAAAUAAAUCCCUUCUAACUUGGCUAGAUCACCAUGGUAAAGUUGACCAAAGCCAUAACCCGCUAUCAAGUAGUUUGUUUAAAGUUAUGGACUGAAUGGCCUAAGUAGAAAAAACUCAUUUAACUUCUCCCACACAGCAGAUCAGAGGCAAUGAAUCUAACCUGAAAGCUCUUGACAGAUACAGAAUAAGUCUUUUAGUCAAAACCUGACAAAAUCGAUAACUCAGCUGCUUCCUGAAGGUUGGUCAUUGAAUUGAAACAUCGAUUGGGUUUACUGUGUUCAGCCAUAAUCAAAUCAUAUAUAUAAAUAACCUGAAGUAAAAUUUGAUGCUAUCUGACCAGAACUCGGUGAGAAAUUAAAAAUUGAUGAUGAUUCUCAGUUGUGGGAUUUUAUUCUUCUCCUGCCUCCAAAGGAGCUUUGCAGUUUUGCUUGUAGUAUGAUUAAAACGUUUCUAUGGAAACCAUGCCUUCACUUACUGAUGUAGAAUAAGAUUGAUAAGAUAAUGUUUUUAUCAUUUUAUUUUGAUUUGCAGAUAAGUUGUUUCUAUUCUGCACACACAGGACCCUCCCAUGUUAAUUAGGACAGUGUCUAAGCUAAACGGACUUCUUGAUUAUAAGUUAAAAAUCUGAGAGCUCAUUGUGUGCAUUUUGUGUUAGAAGCACUAAGUGACACAAAGAAAGCCUGGCUGUGUUGUCUUGCUUCAUAGUACACCUCUCUGAUGACCUACUGAGUUGUUACAGCAUAUUUAAAAGUGAAAUAAAAAACGUGAUUUGAUUUAUGCCCAGUUUACCUACCAAGAUUAAACUACUAGAGACUUGAUUCAUACUUUGGUUUGGUUAGCUUCUUGCAAUAUGCCACGCAUGCCACAUAAAUCAAGUUUAAAUACUCUGUUCUGCUUACAGCUCCAAAAAGUUUAAAGUGUACUUAUUGUAAUUUUAUUGACAAGCACAAUGAGCAGAAAUGGUUGCCAUGGUCGACAGUGAUGAUUCAGUUCACCUGUGUAUUACAUGUUUUUAUGUAGUUCUUGUGUGUUCAUUUUUUUCAAUAAAGAAACCAGAAAAGCCUC